AUGCCCGGAGCGGGAAAAACAGUAUGGGGCCAGCGGUUGUCGCAACACUACCAAUGGCCGCAUGUAGAUAUGGAUGACCUUAUUGAAAAGGCGGCCGGAAAAACAAUUACGCGCAUUUUUGAGGAAGAUGGUCAGGAGGUUUUCCGCCAAUAUGAGCAGGCGACACUGCUGCAGAUUAUCAAGAAUGUGGAAGGUCCCAUGAUCGUUUCCUGUGGUGGCGGUACGCCGCUGUUUUUUGAUAACCUGGAGCAGAUGAAAGAUAAUGGCUGUGUCAUUUACCUGGAAGCAGCUAUUGACACACUGUGGUUCCUUGUAUGCAAUGACUUUGCUAAAGAUCAAUGGACAGAUGCGGUCGGGACCGGUAGUAAUAUUGCUGCCAGCCGUAUUGCCGAUCAGAUGAAACAGCUGAAUGCAGAUUACGGCAACCUUACAGGAAGUACUUAUAGUCAGGCCGCAAAUACAACACUCCAGUUUUGCCUGGCACAAAAAGGCCCUUCAGGCAAUAUUCUUGCAGAGCCGGGUAUUGACAGGAUUAACAGGAAUACAAAAGGAUUUACAGCUCCGCCAUAUUCGAGAACUUAUGUAGAUGGAACGAUUAAAGCUGGAACCUACUGGAAUCCGAAGGAAUAUGUCAACAUCUGGCUGCUGAGUAAUCCUGGUUUUACUUUGCUCGGAUAUGCGACUUUCCCAACUGGCAGCGGCCUUCCCGGACUGUCUGGUACGGAAACGGACCAAAUCGCCGGAGUUGCCUUGCUCACCAGUGCAAUAGGGAGUCUGGCAAGUCCUAAUGCAGGCUGUGCCAGUACGAUCUCCUAUGGUAAAGGACGUACACUGACCCAUGAGCUGGGACACUAUUUUGGUUUGCGCCAUAUAUGGGGAGAUAAUAAUGGCGAUUGUUCUCUGGAUGAUUUUUGCGGAGAUACCCCGCGCGCUGCGGCAUCAAAUUCCGGCUGUUCAAAGGGAAUAAAUACCUGCAAUGAUAUGGUAUAUGCCGGUGCCCCUAUUGAUUAUCCGGAUAUGGUAGAGAAUUAUAUGGAUUAUUCAGAUGAUGCCUGUAUGAAUACAUUUACAGCCAAUCAGAAAGACCGGAUUGUUGCAGUAUUGACAAAUAGUCCAAGGCGUAAGGAGCUGCUUACCUCACCUGCAGGCCUUUACGAAGCAAGUAUCCUUUGUGACUACGCUCUGUGGGGCAGUCUCUUCUACCAGAGUAUCUGA